AUGGACAGGCCGGGCACGCCGCGGGUCCUGGGACGGGCGGGCAGGCGUCCGCUACUGGUCCCGGGACGGGUGGGCUGGGCCGCCGUGGGUCCUGGGAUGGGCGGGCAGGCGUUCCGCCACUGGUCCCGGGGCGGGCGGGCCGGGACAGCCACGGGUCCCAGGACGGGCGGGCAGACGUCCGCCACUGGUUCCGGGACGGGUGGGCCGGGCCUGACGCUGGUCCCGGGACGGGUGGGCAGGCGUCCACCACUGGUCCCGGGACAGGUGGGCCCCGGGAUGGGCCGGCAGGCGUCCGCCACUGGUCCCUGGACGGGCCGGCCGGGCCCGCCGCCGCUGGUGGGCAGGUGUCUGCCACUGGUCCCGGGACGGGCGGGCCCCGCCCGCCGCGGGUCCCGGGAAGGGCGGGCAGGCAUCCGCCACAAGUCCCGGGCCUACCGCGGGUCACGGGACGGGUGGGCAGGUGUCCUUCACGGGUCCCAGGAUGGGCGGGCCGGGCCCGACGCGGGUCCCGGGACGGACGGGCAGGCGUCCUUCAUGGGUCCUGGGACGGGUGGGCCGGGCGGGCAGGCCUACUGUAGGUCCCGGAACGGGCAAGCAGGCGUCCGCCAUGCGUCCCGGGGCCGGGCUCGCUGA